AUGCAUAUUUUAAAAUACUAUGCAAACGAAGAAACAUUAUCCAAGGAUCCUGACCAUUUAUCAAAGAAACAAGGUUUCGAACACUUCGUGUUAAUUUUUACUGGACGACCAGAACUGUCAACUGUCAACAUACAAAUGUUUAACAAAAUAUACUGCGUCAAGUUGUAUAUUGCAAAGCUAAUCGAUCGUAGAAACCUUUCAGUUUGUUUGCGAUCUAACGUCUGCAAACUCGACGAAAGAAAUAUUUGCGACUUUUCCUUAAUAGCGAGAGCUGUUUACUACCGUGGAAAGAAAUACUCGAGAAUGACAUCAUCUAUGGUUCAAACAGUUGCAUGCAAGUUUGAUGACAUGAAAGAUGGAGAGAUGCGUCAAAUUGACAUUGGUGAAAAUGGCCAUGCCUUGCUGGUGCGUGAAAAUGGAACAUACACAGCUGUAGGCCAUAAAUGCACCCAUUAUGGUGCCCAGUUAGUUAAAGGUAGUUUAAUGAAUGGCCGUGUCCGUUGUCCAUGGCAUGGAGCUUGUUUCAAUGUGUGGACUGGUGAUAUUGAAGAUUUUCCUGGUCUUGAUGCAAUUCCCAAGUUUCAAACCAAAAUAGUUGAAGGAAAUGUUCUUGUAAUAGCCAAUCCAGAGGACUUAAAAUCCCACAAAAAAGUAUCUGAAAUGAGUCGAGCAUCUCCAAAUGAAGAUGGAAGAACAUUUCUAUUACUUGGUGGAGGUCCAUCAUCGCUUGAAUGUGCUGAAACAUUACGAAAGAAUAAUUUCAAAGGAAAAGUUGUAAUUGCCACUGCAGAGGAUUUUUUGCCUUAUGAUAGACCCAUGCUUAGUAAAGUGCUACAGAAAAAAGGUCAUGAAAUUGCUUUACGACCAAAAGAGUUUUUAGAAAACUAUGAUAUCAAAGUAGAAUUUAAGAAGGAGGCCUGUAAACUACACAAAUCAAAUAAGCUCGUUGAAUUCACGGAUGGAACAACAAUCAAAUAUGAUAAAUUAUUCAUUGGCACUGGCGGAACUCCAAGAUUGAUGAAUGUUCCCGGUGGUGAUUUGAAAAAUAUCUUCUACCUGCGAAAUCCCAACGACGCCAAUGCCAUCGCUGCUGCAUGUAAAGGAAAGAGGAUGCUGGUCAUAGGAACUUCAUUUAUCGGUUUGGAGGUGGCCGCAUUCGGCGUGGACAAAGGUGAAGCGUCAAGCGUUGACGUCGUAGGGCAGUCUCCCACUCCAUUCGCAAGGGUCUUUGGUUCAGAAGUUGGUGCGCGUAUAACUAAAAUGCAUGCUGAAAAAGGUGUGAAGUUCCAUUUUAAUACGUCAGUGAAAGAGUUUAAAGGAGUCAACGGAAAGCUCGAAAAGGCGUUGUUGACAAAUGACGAAGUGCUGGAGGCUGACGUUUGCGUCAUAGGCAUAGGUGUUAAGGCAUCUACGGGUUUUGUUGACGAUUGUAUGGUUGAGACAACAAAACACGGUAGUAUUAUUGUCGAUAAGUAUAUGAAGGCAAAUGAAGAUAUCUACGCUGGGGGCGACAUAGCGUCGUUUCCUCUCAAGAUGCUUAAUGGAAAACAUGUGACCAUAGGUCACUGGCAGCUUGCUCAUGCGCACGGAAAAGUAGCAGCUUUAAAUAUGCUUGCUAAAAGUAAAGAAGUUGACACAGUGCCGUUCUUUUGGACGAUGCAAUAUGGAAAAAGCAUUCGCUAUGCAGGUCAUGCUGAAAGUUUUGAUGAUGUUCUUAUAGAAGGGAGCGUCGAAGAUUUGUCGUUUGCUGCCUAUUACAUCAAAGGAAACGAUGUUUUAGCUGUUGCUACUGUAGGAAAGGAUCCGAUUGCCGCGCAUGUUGCAAACCGUUUGUACAGCGGUACUAUGCCUAAAGCGGAUAAGAUCAGAGCUGAUCCGUCAAAAUGGCACCAGUCGUCAUGAAAUAAGUUUUGCAUCAUAAAAGCAACCAGGGAGAAUGAAAUGUGGCAAAGAAAAAAUAGGCUUCACUAUUGUAUUUUAAAAAGACUAUAUAUCACUUACGUACAUCGGCUCAUUCAUCUUUUUUCUUCGCAAUUUCAUCACCUUAAUUAAAAAACGUGUAUUUUGUGUUAGUUACUCUCUUUUGUUCAAGUAUAAUGACUAUUAAUGAAACUACACAAUUGUGUUGAAAAUUUCGAUAAAUCAUUACACAUUUUCUAUACUCAUAGCAAAAA